AUGGCGGACCCCGAGACCCUCGGGGGCCCCGUCCUGAAAGAUGUUGUGGCCUAUGUAGAAGUGUGGUCAGCCAGUGGAACAGAAAAUUAUUCCAAGACAUUUACAAAUCAACUUGCGGACAUGGGGGCAAAGGUUUCAAAAACGUUCAACAAACAAGUAACUCACGUUGUGUUCAAAGACGGAUACCAGAGCACCUGGGCCAAAGCGCAGAAGAGAGGCGUGAAGCUUGUCUCAGUGCUUUGGGUUGAAAAAUGCAGGACAGCUGGAGUGCACAUCGAUGAAUCGCUGUUCCCUGCAGCUAAUCCCAAUGAGCACCUACCAAGCCUAAUGAAAAAAAAACGCAAGUGUAUGCAGCCCAAAGAUUUUACUCCUAAAACACCAGAAAAUGAUAAAAGACUGCAAAAGAAGUUUGAGAAAAUGGCUAAAGAGCUGCAACAGCAGAAAACCACUCUGGAUAAUGAUGUUCCUGUUCUCUUGUUUGAAUCUAAUGGCUCCUUGGUGUACAGUCCCACAGUUAAAAUCUGCAGUGGCCACCACAGUGCAAUGGAAAAGAGACUGCAGGAGAUGAAGAAGAAACGGGAGAAUCUUUCCCCCACCUCUUCCCAGAUCGUUGAAAAGUCUGAGGAUGACACCGUUAACUCUCUGUGUGAAGCAUCUUUGAACCUUUCACAUGAUACUUUGUGUUCAGAGGACUCCUUUGCUGGUGUUCUGCACUUGUCUUUUGAUGAUCUUUGUGGGAGCUCUGGAUGUGGGACUCAGCAGAGGAAAUUGGGAGGAUUCCUUGACGAAAGUAAAAGCGCUGCGUGUGCUUCCUCAGCUGUGUUGAAAACGAGACGUGUCUGUCCUCCAGCAUCUCCCGGCUCCCUUGGCCAGUUAACCCUUCACCAGUCCCCCGGCAGUCUUUCCAAGGGAGACACCCACCGGCAGAGGGUUGCUGCGGGCCAAGUCAUCACCCCCGAUGCAAAGCCAGCACGGGAGCCGGCUGAGGGGGUGUUUGAUGAGAAGAGGGGCCUGUUUCCUACGCCAUCUGUAACAAAGGAGCCCGCCGGGGGCCCUUCAUGUCCCCAGAGCCCCUCAGCCAUGAGAAGAAGGGUGUUGGCGAGCUCCAGUCCACCCCCGGAGGAGAGACUGAGCAAGAGGUGGUCCUUCGGGUGGCCCCCCGCGCCCCGGCUGCAGCCAGAGAACAGCCCGAAGUGCACAAGCAGCUCUGCCAUGGAGACUCUGGGCCGCGGGGAGUCCUCGUACGAUGAUUACUUUUCUCCCGAUAAUCUCAAGGAGAGGGACUCGGAGAGCCUCCUUCCCAGGGUCCAGCCGCCCGCUGGCCCUGCCCUGCUCCACUGCAUGAGGAGCCUUUCCAGGAGAGAGAGGACCAGCCUCCUGGAAAGGGCUGACUUUUCCUGCAUCGGCAGAAGCCCCAGGUCAGCCGAUGGUACCGACUCAACAGUGAAGGCUGGCUUCUGUCUCCAGAAGCCUGCAAGCUACGGAGCUGAUCCGGGCUUGAGCAGCGUGACUUCUAAGGAAACGUCUGCUGCCGAAGGGACCCCAGGGGACUGUCCCCGGGCCGAGGCUCAGAGAGGGGGAGACGUCCGCCUGGGCGGGAGUGACUCUCCCCAUACCCUCAACGGACUCACUCCUCAGAAGGGACUUCGAGGUGAUUUUACUUCUUUGAAAGGAAGCAAUAAAGAAGUGAAAGGAUGGAUUGACAUAAAAAGCACACAGAAAGAAGAUACUCCUUCUAAAAUGGUGAAUUCCCCUGAAGGUGAAGCACAAAGUGAUGAUAAGCUAAACUUUGUAGGCGACUGGGAUGUGGAAAAGUCUGCAGAGGCAAUGGAAGAGUUACCCCGAGGAUGUAGUGAAAGUAUUAAAAGAGGACCAACAAGGCAUGAUGUUUUGGAUGGCUCACGGGAAGGCUUCAGGGAUCUCGUCAGACCUCAUGAGGAAUCAAGGAAGAGAGAGAAAGGCCAGAAGCCAACAAGAACAUUAGUCAUGACAAGCAUGCCAUCUGAAAAGCAGAACGUGGUCAACCAGGUUGUGGAUAAACUGAAGGGCUUCUCCUUGGCUGGGGAGGCGUGUGGCUGCCCCACGCACGUGCUCGCCAGGAAGCCCCGCCGCACCCAGAGCAUGCUGAGGGGCAUCGCAAGCGGCUGCUGGAUUCUCUCCUUCGAGCAGGUACUGUGGUCUUUGGAAAUGGGUCAUUGGAUUUCCGAGGAACUGUUCCCUGCAGCUCCUUUCUGCCGCCAGGAGCGCCUCUCGCCCGCCGGGCGGUACCGGGGAGCCCUGUUUGCCGAUCAGCCGACCAUGUUCAUUACCCCCGCCAGCGGCCCGCCCAGAGCCAAGCUGGGGGAGCUGGUCGUGCUGUGUGGGGUUCGGGUCACGCACAUCCCUCGCCAGGCCAGCAUCUUCGUCGGACCCGUCCCAAGAAGGAAGGCGGCGACAGUCACGUACCUGUCGGAAAGGUGGAUCUUAGCUCGUGUGAAAGACCCAGUAGACCCCGAGCUGCCCCAGCCGGGAGGCCACGGCACCGGCCUGGCCGCCCCCAGCUCCUGGGCCCUCCCCCUGCGUGCCUGCCUCGCUCUGCGUCUGGGCUCUCGGCCAGUGCCGGCUGCCAGGACCCGCCACUGUCACUCCCUUUCAGGCACUUGUCAUGAUACUCAUUUGUCCGCGUGCUCCAAGUGGUUGGGGAACUCAGCCGGCCCCUUCCUGGCCCUGGUGCACUUCUGUGCAUGGAUUGUGCACAAGUCAGCUGUCUGCCUGUUUCCUUCUGGGGUUUGGCCACUUGACCCCCCUGAUGGUGGGUUUUCAGGAGGCGAAUGUCUACCUGCUUGA